UGAUGAUGUGGCUGGAAUGCUGGGAUUGCGAAAAGGAAGAGGAAGCAGACGAUCAAAACCAUUAUCGUGGACACACAGCCGAUGCUUGACAGCCCUGACUCUAUUAUUAUUAACUGGUUUUAGAGAGAGAACGAGAGAGAGAGAGAGAGAGAGAGAGAGAUAGAUGAAGAAAGGGAAGGAAGUGGUGGUGGAAACAAGUUACGGCGACAACAGCAGCGAAGAAGAAGAAGAAGAAGAUUAUCAGAGCAACCUCCACAUCAACAUCAACAACAACAACAACAACAACAACAACAACAAGAAAGACGCAUCUUUUCCCUCCUCGAGAUUCUCUUCUCGCAACGCUUCCUCCAAAUACGAUUUCGUCAAGGUUAAGGUCUGGUUAGGUGAUAAUGCCGAUCAUUAUUACGUUCUUUCCAGGUUCUUGCUCAGCAGAAUGUUGACUGUUACCAAGAUCCCAAAUCAUGUAGCUAUCAAAAUAGCUCUUGAGCUUAAGAAGUUGCUUAUAGACAACAGCCUUCUAGAUGUCUCACAGUCUGAUUUAGAAGCUAAUCUGUUUAAGCUCAUGCAGCGACGGGGCUAUGGAGAAGAGUACAUAAAUCGAUACAAGAUGAUGACUAGAUUUCACCAUCAAAGAGUGCCAUUAGUCAUUCUUGUAUGUGGUACUGCAUGUGUUGGGAAGUCUACCAUUGCAACCCAGCUUGCCCAGAGGCUAAAUUUGCCAAAUGUCUUGCAGACAGAUAUGGUAUAUGAGUUGCUGCGGACAUCGACAGAUGCACCAUUGGCAUCCAGUCCUGUAUGGGCACGAGAUUUCAGCACCUCCGAGGAGUUAAUUACUGAAUUUUGUAGGGAAUGCAGAAUUGUCCGUAAAGGUUUGGCUGGUGAUCUGAAGAAAGCAAUGAAAGAUGGAAAACCUAUAAUAAUAGAGGGAAUGCAUUUGGAUCCAAGUAUAUAUCUAAUGGAUGAUGAGAAUAAGUCAACAUCUGCGGUGGAAAAAAAAGUUCAGGAGGCAAAUCCCGCACCUGUUGCAUCUGAUGAUACUAAUUCACUAUUGGAAAGUAAUACUUUAAGUGUUCCUGAAAGCCAUGGUGAAGUUAGCAAAUGUACAGAGAAUGUCAGUUUAGAAGAAGAAAUAUUAACCAAUAAGGUUAAUAAAGUUGCAGACUAUCUAGAAGCUAUUAAUUUAGCAGGAAGUGUUUCAAGGAAUAAAGGUGAAACUCUUAAAGAUCCAGAUACAAAUAAAAAUUCUACGGUUAAAAAAGAAAAGUCUGGUGCUGAAGCAGUAAUUGUACCUUUAGUGCUGAAGAUGGCUGAAUUUGACCAUAAGGCAUUGCUUGAGGAGUGGAUUUCAACUCGUACAUUUAAUGAUAAAUCUCUAGUCCAGGAUAAAAAUAAGCUGAUAGCCAACUUGAAAACCAUUCAGGAGUAUCUAUGCUCAUUCAAGUCACAGGGUUUGACAGUUGUCAGUGUAUCAGCAACUACAUUCCCCCAAACAUUGGAUUGGUUACAUGCAUAUCUUCUUCAGUGCAUUGAGCAAGGAAUUUCAUCGGAGUCAAAUGACAAUGUUAGGCAGCUUGGAGGGAAUUAGCUUUACAUGCAGAGGUUAACUCGAGUCUUUGGAGGCAAUGUUUUGUGGGUGCGAUUUUAAUUAUUCAUACUCAAUUGAAUAGAGAAAGGACCAGUAUGAUGUUCUGAAAGAAACUGCAUGGCAAAUCAGCUGGAUGAUGAAGAUCGAAAUGUCAGAAAACAGAGGGGCAACAGACAAAUACAGGGGCUUUGCAGGAGAGCCUGUUCUGAGAUAAUAUUCUGUCAGAUAUGUGAAGUUUCUAUGCCCAGCAUCUUGAAAUCCAACCUGGACUUCCCCAAAACUGACAGGAGACGAAAUGACAUGCUUUGGAGAAACUAGCUGGUCUGCAAGAAGUGGAUAGCUAAAUUAUAUUCCUGUCUGUACAAAGCUAAGAGAUCCCACUGUGGUGGUGGGUUCAAUUAUUUUGUUUUUUCCCUGAAAGGGUUCAAUUAUUUUGUUGUGACCACUAAAAAACAUUCUGGAAUGCAUUCAUAGUAGAUAUUUUGUGUC